AUGCGGGACUCUUGUGCCUCCUUCUUCAAUCCUUCGGGUCAUGGCCAGCGGCGUCAAUACUUGUACUCUCAAGUCGCCCAGUUGGGCCUCGAUGUGGUCUGCCUUCAGGAGACGCGCAGCAAAGGGGGCCGAUGGGAUACAGCCGGCCUUCUCACCUGGCGCUCCGGUGCCCAAAAAGGUAGCUACGGUUGCGAAAUUUGGGUUAGGCCCCAGAUAGUUAACCCCCCCCUCCGCCUGGAUGACUGGCGGAUUGCCUGUGCUGACCCCAGACUUUUAGUCAUAGUCUGUAAACGGGCGGACCUCCCUUUGGCCGUUGUAGCGGCGCAUGCUCCACACGCCGACAGACCAGUGCCCGAAAUCCACCACUUUUGGUCCUCACUGCAAUCUCAGCUGUGCCAGCUCCCACGGGCCCUCACUUUAGUCCUGGGUCUCGAUGCUAACGCUGAUCUCCUUUGGGCCGAUGACGACCAUGCCUAUAUCGGGGAUGCUCUCGGUAAUGGUGAAGAAGGCGCGGGCGAGCAAGGCCUCUUUGAUACCAUCCAGCGUUUUGGCCUCCUUGCCCCCGCCUCCUUCUCGGACCUUCAGGACGGCCCGGGCUGGUCCUGGGAGCAUACUGGCGGCACCCGCAAGCGUCUAGACCAUAUCUUGCUUCAGGCUGGCCCCUGGUCCUGCCGUCGCACCCGACAGCUUCCUGAGCUGGACAUUCUCAAUGGUCGUCGGGAUCAUAUGCCGCUUCUGGUCGAGUGCGACCUUCGGGGCCAGGCCACCCGGCCCAAAGCGCCGGCCCCACCCCGCGCAACUGUGCACCAGGCACGGGCCAUUGCUGCCGAUCUCUGGGGAGCUCUGCCGUCCACCUUCCGGCACAUUGACAGCGUGGGAGCUGAAGUGCAGGCUCUUAAGACCAAGCACUCCUGCUUGCUCCGGGCCCUUCCUCGCCCUCCACGCCGCCCCAUCCGACAGCCCUACAUCACAGCGGCCUCUGUUGCCGCACUCGAUCGAGUUCGGCAGGCGCGAGAACAGCUCCCCCGGCUGCGGACCAAUCUGGAGUGGCAGCAGCGUCGCUUCCUCUUGCAAGUCUGGCGUCUGGGUUGCACACAUCGGCACCCCGAUGCUGCACCCCUGCGCCCUGAUCCGACGGGCCUGCAGCAUGCCCGCCUCCUUCUCCAGGCUUGUAAUCUUCAUGUUCGGGGGCUUCAGCAGAAGGCCCACUAUCUUGCUAGGUCCGACAAGCUGGCUCAUUUCCGCACACUUACUCUGGAGGCGACCAAACACUGGGAAGCUACUGGAGUCCCUCUGGAAUCCAUCCGGCAUCUGCGUUGGGCCUCCCGCAAGGCACACGAGCGCCGGUCUGUCCACGCAGCCGGUGGUUUCGAUAUUGAUAGUGAGUUGGAGGCCCAGUUCCGUGAUCAGGAGGGGGCCAGUUUGGUCAGCCCAGUGCAGCUCUCCAGCGCCGCUGAGCGAUGGAUGAAUGAACCGCGCCUCCCGUGCGCCGAGGCGGUUCCCACCCUCUUGCAGAUGGAACAAAUGUGUGUCCGACAGGCGGCCGCCAAGGCCCCAGGACCAGACGGACUGCGGAACGAGCUCUGGCGCGCGCAGGGAGCCUCAGCAGGGCAGUGGCUCUGGCCCCUGUGCGUGCGCAUCGCUCUCCAAGGAAGGGAGCCUUUUGCCUUUAAGGCUGCCAUUGUAUGUGUCCACACAGGAUUUGCGUUGGCCGCCUUCCGUUGUGCCUGGGACCUUUCCAUCUCUGCCGGCCGAUGUGUUGCCGUGGUCUUCGUCGAUAUCCAGGCCGCGUACUAUGAGGCCAGCCGGGAUCUCCUCUUUGAGGGCUUUCCUGAUGACGUUGCCCUGCCAGAGCAUCACCACCUUGCUGGGCUGGUUCUCAGCCUUCAACAACAAGGGGCCCUAGCUGCCUUGGGGGUUGCAGAGGAUGUUGUUGCGCUCCUCCGUGACUGCGUCGCCCUCUCCCACUGGUCACUCUCUGGUUCUUCCAACAUUUUUCUUGCGUCACGGGGGUCUCGUCCAGGUGACGGCCUAGCUGAUAUCCUUUUUGGGGCCCUCUUCGCUGUCGGUCUUCAGCAUAUCCAGCGCGUUGCCACCCGCCAGGGCAUUGUUCACAACAGCGCCGGCGCUGAAGUCGGCCUCUCCCCAGGGGUCAAGCCCAUCGGCUGGGCUGACGACCUGGCGGUUAUGGCCGAUUUUGACCGACCAGCUGAUCUUCUUGUUCAACUGCCCGUGCUGGUUGGCAUUAUUCUUGACACUCUCCGACUCCUCCGAUUUCGUGUUAAUUUGGGUGCGGGUAAAACUGAGGCCCUUGUUGACAUCCGGGGGGAGGGCGCUCGGGCGGCCCGCGGAGUUCUCCUUACUGGCGAUGCCAUGUUAAAGAUCUCUGAUUCUGACAGCAUCAGGUUGUGUCCCGAGUAUAAGUAUCUGGGUGUGGCUCAGCUGCCUCGGGAUACGGGCCGCCGCGAUUGUGAGCUUGCCGCCCAACGAGGCGCCGCUGCGGCCUCCCUUGCCCGCACCCUCCUUUGCAGCAAUUGCUUGCCCUGGGAACUUAAACGGGCUUGGGUCGCGGGACGAGUCCUGCCCUCCGCGUAUUCCUCCCUUGCUAUGUCUCUGGCCGACUCCGGCCGUGCCACGGCCCCUCUCGCUGGCCUCUUCGAUCGCACGGCCAGGAUCCUGCUGUCCUCGUGGCAGGUCGGGCACAAGCUCACCACCCCACUGCUUCGGCUCCUCGCUGACAUUACUCCUCCUGACCUGGCUACUACCAUCAGUCAGUGUCGCCUUUGCGUCCAGCUCUUCUGCAAAGCACCCACGGCGGUGCGUGAAAUCGUCGACGCGGCGUGGAACAGGGCCCUCCCUUGGUGCCAGGCCCUCGUUGCAGCAUGUAUGAGGGUUGGCGUUGCGCUUGAAGUUUGGGACCCUAACUCCCCUCCCGCCGUCACGGUUCUGUUUGUUCAUACCCACAGCCGUGCCCUCCUUCGCGCCUGCAAGGCACUCAGCAAGUUUGGACAUAGGUACUUUGCCUGUGCUCAGCUGUGGGAUGACCUCUCUACCCGUAAGGCCACCCAAAUUCUAGGACCCCCCCAGGCCCAUCGAUGCCCGGUGUGCAGCAUCAUCUUCCCGAGCCUGCACGCGGUCAGAGCCCACAUGCAUCGCAAACAUGGCGUGCUGUCCGAUGUGACUGCCUACAUGGCCGGCUCUGUUUGCCUCUGGUGUAUGCACGAUUUCCACUCUUCGGAUCGGCUGAAAUACCAUCUGCAAUCCCACCGGGCCUGCUUGCAUGGACUUCGGGUGACGGUAGGGCCUGUCUACCAAUAUGGGUCGGGCACCAAACGCAAGGGUAGAACGGCCCACAGGGGUGUUCCCCCACAACGCCUAUGCGGGCCCUGCAAUGCCACCCCAGCACAGCGUCGGGCCGCUGACCUGGGCCUGCCUGCUGAUGAGGAGGAGCUGCAACAGGAGUGGGAUACAGUGCAGCGCUCACCGGCCCUCUCCGACCUCGUCCCCGGCAACCUGCAACGGGCCGUCACAGGGUCCUCCAUCGCUGCUCCAACCCCUGCCGGACUUGGAUCUCUCCAAGCUACGGCUCCAGUUUCGGAGCCCUCCCUGUCUCGCCUCGCCUCAUCUUUGUCAUUUGUGGGUUCCUUGCCCUCUUGGUUCUCCUUUGUCGAUGGGGCCGCCUCAGGCAAGGAUUGGGCUCUGCCUACACCCUGGUGGCCCGGGCUUCUCGCCAUGGGUGGGGUCUUUCGGCUUCCCCCAUCGUGGCAUUGCUUCUGGCCCCUGUGGUCAGCCUUGGAGCUCCUUGCCCCUUGGGAGUUCCGGGCCUUCCGGUCGCUUGGCGUCCUCCGUCGCGCCUCGUCUUCCGGGCUUGGUGCUCCUGUGUCUCUUGGCGAUGCGACCUCCGGCAGAUGGUCUCUGUUGGGGAUUGCUGCAGCCUUGAUCUCCUUCCGCAUGUCCUGUAAGGUUGUUCUGCGGUUUGGCGCCCUCUGGAUUCCCGGGCGCCCCAGUCAACAGGGCCUUGUCCUCUUGCGGCGGCUGCUUCCUUCUGCCGUCUUCUUGGACUUCUGGUCCCCUGCUGGUCCUGUUUUCCUGGCUGCGAGCUCUGCUUCCUUGGCCUCGUCUGCUCGCGCCAUCAUUGCCGGUUCUGCUCCUGCGGCCCCGCCCCCGCUUUCCUUGCGGGCUUUCUGGGCCUAUCCGGCUGCCUGA